UCGAUAGCAGAACUCGACACGUGCUGUCGAAAUUGUGUACCUUUUAUUUGUGUGAAGAAGACUCGCAAUUAAAAUGACCGAAACAAAUGGAAAGAUUAAAUAUAUGGUGGCGGACACCACGGCAUUCAUCAAUGCAGUUCCCCUGAACGAAUACGCCGAAAAUGUUCUCACUGUGCCCGAUGUGGUUGCCGAGGUGCGCAAUAAGCGCCAGAUACGCCGCCUCUGUGUGCUGCCCUUCGGCAUGGAGGUGCGCGAACCGCGCCCUGAGAGCAUCAAGCACUGUGUGGAGUUCGCCAAGAAGACGGGCGACUAUGCCAGUCUCUCUGGCAUCGAUCUAAAGGUAAUCGCUCUGUCCUACGAGCUGGAGAAGGACAAUGUGGGCACAGAGCAUCUGCGCACUGAGCCCGUAAUGGCCCAGACCAUUGCCUCCAAGGAGGAGCCCAAGGAGAUGCAGGAGGCCAACAAUAAGCGUCUGGUGGGCUGGUUCAUGCCCGAUGGCGAAGAGGACGAGGAAGAUGAGGACGAUGAUGAUGAUGAAAUGGAUGACGAUGAGGACGAUAAUGAGGAGGUGGAGGACACCUCAGUGGAUAACGUAAAAGCAGCCAUUGAGGCUCAGAUCGAGGGCAUAGAGCUGCCCACCACAAAUACGGAGACAAAAAUGGACGACAUCUCCGAGGAGGAUCUAAAGACGCUUCUGGAGGAGUUAAGUUGCGAGUCCGAUGUCCCGGAGUGCGAUCAGCUAUUGGUCCAGACCAAUACAGAAGACGAUGAAAUGGAGCAGGAGCCGGAACAGCCUUGCUCCAGCAAGUCCAACAGCAAUCUGGACGAUGACGUGGGCGACGACGGCUGGAUCACCCACUCGAACAUCAGAAGCGCCAAGAAGGCGCUCGAGGGCAAGGUGGAGUCCGAUGCGGUGCCCCUGGUGGCCUGCAUGACCACAGAUUAUGCCAUUCAGAAUGUGCUCAAGCAGAUGAAUCUGAAUUUGGCCGCCCUCAAUGGGCGCAUCAUCAAGCAGCUGCGCACGUACAUCCUCCGCUGCUACGCCUGCUUUAAGACCACCAGCAUCAUGACCAAAGUCUUUUGCCCGAACUGCGGCAACAAGACGCUGAAGCGCGUCGCCGUCAGCCUGGACGAGAACGGCAAGCAGGUGAUCCACAUCAAUACGCGUCGUCCGCUCACGUCAAAGUACAAGAACCAGAGCCUGCCCAAAUUCCAGGGCGGCAAGCAUUCCCGUAAUCCCAUUCUGUUCGAGGACCAGCCCAUGCCCCGCCAGAUGCCAUCACGCGUGGCCAAAACAAAGACAAAUGCAUUGAACGAGGACUACGUGGCCGGCUACUCGCCAUUCGUGCUGCGCGACGUCGACUCCAAGUCAGCCAUGCUCCGCUCCAAGGGCAAUCUCAAGGAGUGGGCGCGGAACAACAACUUCGAGGAGGAUCGCCGUCGCAAGCACUACAAUCGUCUCUACAAGUAGAGGGGCGAUCAGGGUCAGGGUGGGGUCCGUAGCAAUUAAGCUUUCCAUUAACAUGUUAUCAGUGUCUAUUUAAAGAGUAAACUCUUCCUACACACAAAA